CUAAGCCUCUUCAUAAGCCAGUUUCAUCAGCCUUCCAUAAACAUUGUAACACUUUAACACAUACAAUUAGGCCAUGGGAAGCUUGCAGCAGCAACAUCAGGUGGGAGGGAGCAACCGCAUAGCGGCCCUCGACGUCGACAACAUGGACCCUGAAGCUCAAAAGAGCCAGAAGAAGCCGGGAUGGAUGAACUUUUUUGCAUAUGUUGGACCGGGUUUUCUUGUUUCUUUGGCUUAUCUGGACCCUGGAAAUUUGGAAACGGAUAUGCAAGCAGGAGCAGAUCAUGGAUAUGAGCUGCUGUGGGUCAUUCUCAUUGGUCUGAUUUUCGCACUCAUUAUACAGUCCCUUGCCGCUAAUCUUGGAGUCGCCACUGGAAAACAUCUAGCAGAGUUGUGCAAGGCAGAGUACCCAUUUUUUGUGAAAUAUUGCCUCUGGUUAUUAGCAGAACUUGCUGUCAUUGCUGCAGAUAUUCCUGAAGUGAUUGGGACAGCAUUUGCCCUGAACAUAUUGUUUAACAUACCAGUUUGGGUCGGAGUCCUCUGUACUGGUUGCAGUACACUUCUACUUCUUGGUCUUCAAAGAUACGGGGUGAGGAAGCUGGAGUUGUUGAUAUCCAUAUUAGUAUUCGUCAUGGCUGCCUGUUUUUUUGGAGAACUGAGUUAUGUGAAGCCUCCUGCACAAGAUGUGAUUAAGGGAAUGUUUAUUCCUAAGCUUUCUGGCCAAGGUGCAACCAGUGAUGCCAUUGCUCUACUGGGUGCUCUUGUCAUGCCGCACAACUUGUUUCUGCAUUCAGCUCUUGUGCUCUCCAGAAAGAUACCAAACUCUGUCCGUGGAAUUAAUGACGCCUGCAGAUACUUUUUAAUAGAGAGCGGAUUUGCUUUGUUCGUAGCAUUUCUAAUCAAUGUUGCAGUCAUUUCUGUAACUGGUUCUGUUUGCAAUUCACCAAAUAUGUCACAGGAUAACCUGGACAGAUGCGGUGAUAUAACUCUUAAUUCUGCCUCUUUCCUGCUCAAGAAUGUGUUGGGAAAAUCAAGUUCUACUGUGUACGCAAUUGCUUUACUGGCUUCGGGUCAGAGUUCAACCAUCACAGGAACUUAUGCUGGACAAUACAUUAUGCAGGGGUUCAUUGACUUGAAGAUGAAGACAUGGAUUAGAAACCUGGUGACUAGGUUGAUUGCUAUCACCCCGAGUCUCAUUGUUUCAAUCAUUGGGGGAGCAUCAGGAGCUGGUCGCCUAAUCAUCAUUGCAUCGAUGAUAUUGUCGUUUGAGCUCCCCUUCGCUCUGAUUCCUCUGCUUAAGUUCAGUAGCAGCAAGUUAAAGAUGGGGCCUCACAUAAACUCAAUAUAUAUAAUUGUUUUUUCAUGGACACUAGGACUCGGAAUCAUUGGCAUCAACAUAUACUACUUGAUCACAGCCUUUGUUGGUUGGAUAACUGACAAUAACUUGCCAAAAGUUGCAAAUGUAUUAAUAGGAAUCAUAGUUUUUCCCUUCAUUGCCGUCUACAUAAUUUCUGUGAUCUACCUCAUGUUCCGAAAGGAUACCACUAGCACGUUCAUCGACACUACAAAGACUGCUGAAUCGAAUGAUGUAUUCGAAUUGGACUAUGCUAUUCCAUACAGAGAGGAUCUUGCUGACAUCACAUUGCCCAGAUAGAACUCAAAGUUGAUGCUAGAGUUUUGUUCUUCAUCUUAUCUUUCUUGGUGACAGGUUUUUGUUUUAAUGUGUGUUUAAUAUAGUUUUAUCCGCCUACUGUAUCCUGUUUGAAUCUUGUACCGGAAAUGAAUCUUAUAAAUGUAAGAUUAUUGUCAUGCUUCA